AUGUUUCGACUGAGAGCACUGCUUGGGCUUGCGCCGCAAGUACGGCAGUUGAUGGCUCCAAAAUGGUCUCAUUCGGUACCCGCGGCAUUGAUGGUACACUACAAUGUUCCUGGAGUUCGCAACUACUCGCAAAAGCCAUUCCCAGUAGGAUCGAAGGAAUUUCAAGAGCAGAACAAUCUCAAAAAGCUUCCUAAAUGGAAGCAAUGGGCCAUUUAUUUUCAAAGUAAUGAGUUCAAGAGAGGCAUGACCAUCUACUACGUAUGUGGAUUUGGUGUCAUGUGUGUUGCUUUCUACUAUUAUAUGAGAGAUCGUUACUACGAAGACAAGCAGUUGAAGCAUAUAAGGGCUAAAUAUGAAGAAGAUCCCGCCAGUCUCCUGGAAUAUGAGUAUCUCAAGCUAAAGGCAUUGAGCAACGACAAACUCAAGCCCCGAGAACAGAAAAAGUAUCGCAUGUACCAAAUGAUGCGCAAAGAGUUUCGUAGAAAGCACAUUUGGGAUGGUGAAGCAAUGUUUGAGCCAACGCCCCAAGACCUCCAGGAGUGGUACAGCCAGCAGGCACGCACAAAGACCUCGGCUGCGGUAACGGAAGACGAUGUCAGAAGCGAAAAUAGUGCCGAAGAAAAUUCGCAAGAAACCACUAGAGCCAACGACAACUCUGCUAUAUGUGCUCCACAAGACACCACAGCCUUUUUUGAAGAAAAGGCGUUCGACUAUGACAACGAGGUCAAGUGGGAAGAGCGCGGUAUCCUCAUGGGACGUAGAAGGAGAUGGCUCAUGAAACAGCUUCGGGGAGAUGUGUUGGAAGUGGCCUGUGGAACCGGUCGUAAUAUUCCAUAUUUUGACCAAGACGAGGUAAACUCCAUGACGUUUCUCGACUCGCUGCGUAAUAUGGUGGAGUUGGCGCAAAAGAAGUUCCGGCAAAAGUACCCUCGUUAUGCCAAUGCUGCAUUCACGGUUGGUCGUGCUGAAGAUCUUGUAGAGCUUCAGGGUUCCGAACAGGUAAAAUACGACACGAUAGUGGAGGCGUUUGGUCUCUGUGCCCACGAGGACCCCGUGCUUGCCCUCAAGAGCAUGGCGUCGUUGUUGAAACCUGGUGGUAGAAUUGUUCUUCUUGAACAUGGACGCAGUACAUGGGACUUUAUCAACAACCAUCUUGAUUUCCGGGCACCUAAACGUAUGAAAACUUGGGCCUGUCGGUGGAACUUGGACAUUGGCGAGUUGAUAGACGACGCUGGGCUCGAUAUUACCUAUGAAAAACGGGUUCACUUGGGUACUACAUGGAUGCUAGUUUGCAAGCGUCCUGAGGAUCCAUUAGCACUUGAAGAAAAGCCGUUCUUGGACAAAUUGUUUGGACGUGAGACUAAAGGGAUUGACAAGGGAAAACGCUAA